AUGGGUAUAGCCAUCCCUAAAGAAAAUCUUCCUAAAGAAGAAAAUCUUCCUAAAGAAAAUCUUAUAUAUGGGAAAAUACUCACUGUGAUUACUGUCACGCCUGCGCCUAUCGAUAUCAAUGUGAUUGCCUCUUCAGUCAGGCUGGAGUCGCUUGCUCCACAUCCACUUGACCAAAGUGCCAGAAAUGAGAUGAUUUAUGAAACUGACUCACCAAUGGACCUGGCUUCAGAUGUGCCGUUCUAUCGCCCUCCAACCGACGCGGCUUCUUCCUUUUCUCCUUCUGGUCUUCGUAGAACUGAAAUUGCUGUUUUUGAUAGAAAUUCAAAUUCGAAUAGAGAAAAAGAGCACGAAAGCGAUAUAACGCAACGAAUGGAUGAGCUGAAUAAUAUAUUCUCCCGUGCAUACCACGGCUUGCGAAAACAGAGAAAAGACGGAGAUGAGGAAUUCGAGAAAAAUUUAGAAGCAGCAGAGCUAGCAUUGAAGAAUCUUUUGACACCUUCAAACAAUCAUGGCUUCGUAACUCGCGUCGACGGCAACAAAGCAUCUAAAACUGCACGCGAAGCGAUGCAUUCGCCAGCGCUCAAAACUGAUCCGCCACUACCACCAGAUGUACAUUCAUUGGAAUAUGAGAGCCAAUACACAGAUUGA